CGUUGUCCUCAGCUUGUGCUUGAUCAUCAAAGGUUGCAGCAGUGUUAGGCUGCACGUCAUUAUCCACUGUACCAGUGGGUCCAAUCAACUGAGAUGGUUCGACCACCUUUUUUUGCAUGGAGGCUAGACUGUCAUCACUGAAUUGUUGAUCAGGACUCAUUGUCCUGAGGGGGAGAGAUGAAACAAAAACGUUCUAGUGCCAAUAAAUCAUCCACCAAUAAGCAGAGUACUGCAGGAUGUAAUGAUGACAGUAUCCGAGCUGCAAUUUUAGACGAGGCCACUAUUGUCUUCUCAACUCUCAGCUUUAGUGGUUCCCAUGUUUUCAGUAAACUAAAUCGUGGAUUUGAUGUUGUGAUUAUAGAUGAAGCAGCACAGGCUGUGGAGCCUGCAACUCUUGUUCCUUUAGCCAAUCAAUGCAAAAAAGUUUUUCUGGUUGGUGAUCCAGCUCAACUUCCAGCAACUGUAAUUUCGGACAUUGCUAAGAAUCACGGAUAUGGCACAAGCUUAUUUGAAAGAUUGAUGGAGGCUGGUUACCCGGUUAAAAUGUUGAAGACCCAAUAUCGAAUGCAUCCUGAGAUAAGAAGCUUUCCCUCCGGGGAGUUUUAUGGAGACUUAUUGCAAGAUGGGGAUGAGGUGAAAUCACGGACAAUACGGGCAUGGCAUGAUUACCGCUGCUUUGGCCCCUUCUGCUUCUUUGAUAUACACGAGGGAAAAGAGGCUCGACCAUCUGGGAGUGGUUCAUGGAUAAAUAUUGAGGAAGUUGACUUUGUUCUAUUCUUGUAUCAAAAACUGAUUUCACUCUAUCCGGCACUCAAAUCUGGUAACCAAGUUGCAAUUAUAACACCCUAUAGUCAACAAGUCAAGCUCUUCCAAAAACGUUUUGAGGAGAUUUUUGGAAUGUCAGCUGAGAAAGUAGUGGAUAUAUGUACUGUUGAUGGUUGCCAGGGACGGGAAAAGGACAUUGCGAUAUUUUCAUGUGUCAGGGCAAGCAAAGAUAAAGCCAUAGGUUUUGUAGGAGACAUCCGACGGAUGAAUGUUGGGAUCACUAGAGCAAAGUCAGCAGUAUUGGUGGUUGGAUCUGCCUCAACAUUAAGGAGGAGUGAACAAUGGAACAAGCUAGUGGAAAGUGCAGAGAAAAGGGACUGUUUAUUCAAAGUUUCUCAACCAUAUUCAUCAUUCUUCAGUGAUGACAGUCUAGCCUCCAUGCAAAAAAAGGUGGUCGAACCAUCUCAGUUGAUUGGACCCACUGGUACAGUGGAUAAUGACGUGCAGCCUAACACUGCUGCAACCUUUGAUGAUCAAGCACAAGCCGAGGACAACGACGAUCGCGACGUGGACAUGAAUGAUGCGGGCUUUGAUGAGGAUUAGGGUUAGUUGAGUUGUAGAGUGUACAAGUGUAAUUUAUGUCGUUUUCCUGUCAUGAGAAGGAAAAAUGAUAGUAUUCAUUUUAUGCAGAAAAAGACACUGCAUAGUCACUGAUUUUCUACCUGGUAUUAUUAUAUGCAAGUAAAAUGCAGUUUUUUAUUA